GAAGAUCUGUUUCACAACAAUGUGAAUAUACUUAACACUACUAAACUAUAUACUUAAAAAUAAUUGAGAUGGUAAAUUUUAUGUGAUUUUUAACCCCCCAAAAAGGGGAAAAGGAUAUAUUUCAGAGUUUAAAAUAGGUGUUUUUCCAAAAUGAAAGUUAUCAGUAAACCUAGACCAGACAAUUGUCCAGUUUGAAAUGUAGAGGAUAAACAGUAGAGCCUACAUUUUGUCCACAUGAUUUCGCUGUCCACCACGGAGUAUUCUCUAGGAAGAAAAAUACCCAGAUCCCCAUUGUCGCUCCAGAGAAGGGGAACAAUAAGAGAAGCAGCAGGAUUCCAGCAGAGACUAGAGGACAAUAUUUAAAAUUUUGCAAAACAUGAUUUUCUAAUUUGAUCAACUCACUGAGAAUUGGUAAUGGUGUCUUCUAUGAGAAGGGGCUGGAAGGUCGGGCGUCUACUGCUCUCGCUUCUGUUCCUUGCAGCUUGGGAGGUGGGGAGCGGCCAGGUCCACUACUCCGUCUCCGAGGAGGCCAAACACGGCACCUUCGUGGGCCGCAUCGCCCAGGACCUGGGGCUGGAGCUGGCGGAGCUGGUGCCGCGCCUGUUCCGGGUGGCGUCCAAAGGCCUCGGGGACCUUCUGGAGGUAAAUCUGCAGAAUGGCAUUUUGUUUGUGAAUUCUCGGAUCGACCGCGAGGAGCUGUGCGGGGGGAGCCUGGAGUGCAGCAUCCAUCUGGAGGUGAUCGUGGACCGGCCACUGCAAGUUUUCCACGUGGAUGUGGAGGUGAAGGACAUUAAUGACAACCCGCCGAUAUUUCCAAUGGCAGUGAAGACUAUCCGGUUUCCCGAAUCGAGGCUGCUUGACUCGCGGUUUCCUCUAGAGCGAGCAUCUGAUGCAGAUAUCGGAGUAAACGCUCUUCUCUCCUACAAGCUCAGCUCCAGUGAGUUUUUCUUUCUAGACAUACAGACAACUGAUGAACCAAGCCAGUCUUUGUCUCUUGUCCUGAGGAAAUCUCUGGACAGAGAGGAAACUGCCGAGGUUAAUUUGUUGCUGGUGGCUACUGAUGGGGGCAAACCUGAGCUCACGGGCACUGUUCAAUUGCUUAUUAAGGUAUUAGAUGUUAAUGACAACGAACCUACUUUUGACCAAUCAGUUUACAAAGUACAAUUGUUAGAGAACACCGCAAACGGAGCAUUAGUGGUUAAACUAAAUCCUUCUGAUGCAGAUGAAGGAUCAAACAGCGAGAUUGCGUAUUCAUUUAGUAGUGAUGUGCCCUCCACUAUAAAGACCAAGUUCAAAAUAGACCCCAGCUCAGGGGAAAUCAGAACUAAGGGACAAUUAGAUUUUGAAGAAACGAAAUCUUAUGAGAUUCAAGUCAUUGCUUAUGACAAUGGAACUCCAUCAAUGUCUGGGCACUGUAAAAUUUCGGUAAAACUUGUGGACAUCAAUGAUAACACACCAGAAGUCUCAAUUACUUCUCUUUCACUUCCCAUCCAAGAGGACGCUCCACUGGGCGCCGUCAUGGCCCUCAUCACAGUGUCCGACCGCGACUCUGGUGCCAAUGGACAGGUGACCUGCACCCUGACUCCCUAUGUCCCUUUCAAGCUGGUGUCCACCUUCAAGAAUUACUAUUCUUUGGUGCUGGACAGCGCCUUGGACCGCGAGAGUGUGGCUAACUAUGAGGUGGUGGUGACAGCGCGGGACGGGGGCUCGCCUUCUCUGUCGGCCACCGCCAGCGUGUCCGUGGAGGUGGCCGACGUGAACGACAACGCGCCGGCGUUCCCACAGCCCGAGUACACGGUGUUCGUGAAGGAGAACAACCCGCCCGGCUGCCACAUCUUCACGGUGUCUGCGCGGGACGCGGGCGCGCAGGAGAACGCGCGGGUGUCCUACUCGCUGGUGGAGCGGCGGGUGGGCGAGCGCGCGCUGUCGAGCUACGUGUCGGUGCACGCGGAGAGCGGCAAGGUGUACGCGCUGCAGCCGCUGGACCACGAGGAGCUGGAGCUGCUGCAGUUCCAGCCGCCUCUGGGCAGCAACGUGACGCUGCAGGUGUUCGUGCUGGACGAGAACGACAACGCGCCCGCGCUGCUGCCGCCUGGGGCGGGCGGCGGGGGCGGCGCGGUGAGCGAGCUGGUGGCGCGGUCGGUGGGCGCGGGCCACGUGGUGGCAAAGGUGCGCGCGGUGGACGCAGACUCGGGCUACAACGCGUGGCUGUCUUACGAGCUGCUGCCAGCGGCGGGUGGCGUGCGCAGCCCGUUCCGCGUGGGGCUGUACACGGGCGAGAUCAGCACGACUCGCGCCCUGGACGAGGCGGACGCGCCACGCCAGCGCCUGCUGGUGCUGGUGAAGGACCACGGCGAGCCCGCGCUGACGGCCACGGCCACUGUGCUGCUGUCGCUGGUGGAGAGCGGCCAGGCGCCGAAGGCCUCUUCGCGGGCGUCUGUAGGCUCUGCUGGAGCGGAGGCGGUGCUGGUGGAUGUCAACGUGUACCUGAUCAUCGCCAUCUGCGCUGUGUCCAGCCUGUUGGUGCUCACGCUGCUGCUGUACACGGCGCUGCGGUGCUCGGCGCCGCCCGCUACGGGCGCGUGCGGGCCAGGGAAGCCCAUGCUGGCGUGUUCCAGCGCGGUGGGGAGCUGGUCUUACUCGCAGCAGAGGCGGCAGAAGGUGUGUUCUGGGGAGGGACCGCCCAAGACGGAUCUCAUGGCCUUCAGUCCCAGCCUUCCUCAAGGUCCAGGCUCCGUAGAAGAAAGACCACAAUCCUCAGAAUCAGAACACUUAGGAAAGGUGAGUAUUUUAAUUUUUUCCUGUCAAUUCUGGAAUUAUUCUGUUUCCUUUAUUCUUUAAGAUUCUAUUAAUUAUUUUGAUUCAUAGUUCUGCCUUUAUUUUAUAUCAUUGUCCUAUUGUGCAAUAUAUGGUAUGAA